CAGGAAGCACGUUCGUCCGUUUGAUAAUACUCAUUCCGAAACUGAAAUUCACUAUAUAUUAUAUAAUAAUCAUAUAAAAUAAUAUUUAAUAAUUUCAAAUACAAAAUACAGAUCGUAUUAUUGUUGGGAGAGGUAAGAUUGAGCGGAUUUAGAUCGAUUUCGUAGGUAAAGCUUUCGAACAUGGCGUUAAAAUUGAUCAGCCGGCUGUCAAUUGAUUCGACCUUCAGUCAUUUGAGCCAUUUGAGAGCCACCACCCGGCCGAGACGAUCGUCUUUUGCAUUCUCCGCGCGUACGUUUGCUGUUGCAGCCGACAAGAUGUCUUUGCCAAUGGUUUACUUCGAUAUGACGGCUGACGAUAUACCCGUGGGCCGAAUUAUAAUGGAGUUAAGAAGCGAUGUAGUUCCAAAGACUGCAGAAAACUUCCGAGCCCUGUGCACUGGUGAAUACGGUUUUGGCUACAAAGGAAGCACUUUUCACAGAGUGAUUCCAGACUUCAUGUGCCAAGGUGGUGAUUUUACCAAUCAUAAUGGCACUGGUGGAAAAUCCAUUUAUGGUGCUAAAUUUGCUGAUGAAAACUUCACAUUGAAGCAUAAGGAACCUGGUGUUCUGUCUAUGGCAAAUGCUGGUCCAAAUACAAAUGGUAGCCAGUUCUUCAUUACCAGCAGCAAGACAACCUGGCUUGAUGGUAAACACGUUGUAUUUGGAAGAGUUUUCGAUGGAAUGGAUGUUGUUAGAAAGCUGGAGGCCAUGGGAUCUGAAAGUGGAAAGACCUCUAAGAGAAUUGUCGUAGCUGAUUGUGGAGAAUUGUAGAUCGUUUGAAUAGAUACUAUAAUAUCUCCAUUUUUAUUUAGCUGUUGCUGUCUUUAUUGUAUUAUAACACGUCCAUUCCAAUCAUCACCUUUUUUCCUUCAAUAUCAUUUUAACACCUUGUGAAAAGAAAUGUACAUCUCUGAAGUGGAAACAACAAGUCACUUGCAUUGUAUCGUCUUUGACUAUAAAUAAUAGAACUUUAAAUACACUGUGAAUUAGAAUGUAUUGUUAUCAUUAUCUUUUUAUCAGCAGAGUUUGUUUACAUUUUCAUUACUGUUUGUCUGUAAUUAGCAAUAUUCAUCUUACGGAAGUGGAAUAUAAAAUAGCUCGUGAAAUGUCCAACUUUUUUUCUUCCAACUAAUAAUCCUGUUGUUUAACGACAUUUGAUAUGCUAUAACACAUUAAAAUAUACAUUCA